GUUUGGCUUGUGGUGUUUCAAGUCGAUUUAUUAUCGAAUUUUAACCCAAAAAAGGUGGAAAAAUGUAGAAAAAAGUGCCCCAACACUUAAUUCUAUUGACCAGCGUCACGUUUUAUUGUUUUGAGUUCGGUUUGUUCAAGUUGCGUGCGAUAAAUUGGUUUCUUGGGGGCGCGUUUUGUGAGACAUUAUUGUGUAGAAUGGUCAGAGGCCCCGGGCGCGCCUCCUAUGAGCCACAAAACCGUAAAAGCGUCAUUUUCAGACAGCUUUAAAUUGACAAUCAAUUGGUACAGUAAAAAUUGAUUUAUUGCAUGCUAGUGCAUGGUGCACGCCACUGUUCCGUACCCAGCCAACCGGCAUGCGUUUGCCAGACGCUCCUGCCAGAAGCCUCUAGCCGGCGACCAAUUGGGAUUGAAAGCUACCGGUCAAUCGGCGUGCGUUUGCCAGACGCUCCUGCCAGAGCCCCCUAACCGGCGACCAGUUGGGCAUUUGUCAGUUGUUCGUGUAAUUGAAAGCUACUCGUGAGAAAAAAUUGAAAAUCGAGCUUUUCAACAAGGAGAAAAUUCGAAAAAGUGUGAACGUUUGACAGUUGGAGCUUUUCCAGCACUUUUCCGGGGUAAAAUCUCACGUCCAGUAACAAGCACCACAGCACCGCCGACAAGAUGACCGACCGCAAAGCAGUCAUCAAAAACGCCGAUAUGAGCGAGGACAUGCAGCAGGACGCCGUGGAUUGCGCCACGCAAGCCAUCGAGAAGUACAACAUUGAGAAAGACAUUGCGGCGUAUAUAAAGAAAGAGUUUGACAAGAAGUACAACCCGACGUGGCACUGCAUCGUGGGGCGAAAUUUCGGUUCGUACGUGACCCACGAGACCCGUCAUUUCAUCUAUUUCUAUUUGGGCCAAGUGGCGAUACUUCUAUUCAAGAGCGGUUAAAUUAUCAUUCCCUGUACCAGUAUUCCAAUGAAAAAUUUAAAUACUUGAUAACAAUAACAACAAAAAGAUGUAUUCUAUGUUUACCCAGGUUUUUUUUAGUUUUUAUUUCGGUUAAUUCCAUUUUCGAAUCAACAAGUGUGUUUUGAUGGACUCUCUCGGUGUGGGUGACUCGAAAAUGGAUUUCUAAAUCCAAAACGUGGCGUGUUUUUGGUGUAUAUUAUAUGAAUGUUGAAUAUAAUUUUUGCUGGUUGAUUUAUUUUUAUUUUGUGAUUUUUUCGGGAAAUGUUGAUUGGGACGCACAAUUCUAGAUCGGCUUUAAAUGCACGUAAAAUCAACAUUUCUUGGUCGGCCCUUCCCUCAGUGAAUGUUGGUUGCUAAAUAUAUUCAUAUACUAAGAAACCUUAUUCCGUAAGUUGUUAAUCUAUAUAUAUAAGCCAUCUUUACUAAAGUUGUACUUAAGUCUUGUUAUACUUGAAUGUAGAUUAUAAUUUUUGUUUACUUCUUGAAUAAUUUAUGGAGCGUUUACUCGUGACAUAACGUCCAUUUAAAUUAACAGCUCCAGGUGAUAUCACGUUUAGUUCUUUUAAAUGACUUGAGUCACUGCCGCUACAUUUAGAAGAACUAAAAUUAAUUUUUGCUUGCUUCGGACGAUUCUUCCGAAACACGGAGGAAGUGCCACUUGUUCGUUUACGUUGGCAACAACUACAAUGUGAAUCGUUGCCAACCUAGACCUGGACAAGUGUCGCCACUGUACAAGAUAUAUUUUUGUAUAAAAAACCCACGGGAUGGGCAUGGUCUUUAAUAAGCGACUCGCUUUAAUUUAGAUCAAUUAAUUAAUUAGGCAAUUGUUAUAAUUUAGACGAACUAAAUUCAAAUAACGCUCUCUUCACUCACUAGCUUAGGACUUUACUGUACAUUUAAUGUUAUUUUACUCUCGAACCUACCUGAAUCCCAUCCCGAAGCUCUCCUCGACCCUUUAACCCCUUAUUUUCAUACUAUGUAAUUUCUAUAUGUAGCAAAUACAUGGUUAAAGAUU